AUGCCCGCCCCGGUGCAGGCCGUGCACGUCUUGCGUCUCAAAACAGAGCCUUUAGAACAAGCCCUGUACGUCAACCCCCCUGCUCUCAAUCUGGGCAGGCUUAUUUAUCGUGGGUUUUUUUCGGUGGGGUCACCGGAUUCGCAUUAUGCUGCGAGACGCCGAGCUGGGCUACGCCUGCAUCAGAGGGAGAGGGGCUCAGAGCAGGGCCCUGCCUUUGUGAAAACCGGCUGUUCGCAGCUGCGCUCUGACACGGGUCUGAAGGCUUCGUCCUUCUCUGUGUCAGAAGAUGUGACAGCUGAGGCAGUAGGUGUAGCUAUUGCUGCACCUCCAUCAGAAGGGGAGGCAAACGCAGAGCUGUGUCGCUACCUCUCUAAGGUGCUAGAAGUGAAGAAGAGUGAAGUUAUUUUAGAGAAGGGUGGUAAAUCACGAGACAAAGUGGUGAAGAUUUUGGUAUCGAUGACACCAGAUGAGAUUUUAGAAAAACUGAAAAAAGAAGCUUCCAGUUGAUGUAGAACAAGAGUGGGAGAUGGGACAAUGCAUCUUGGCAAGCUAAAAGCACAAUCACCUGAACAACUGAAAGAAAACCAGAAGUUUGCAGUAUGAAAAACUGACCCAGAACCUGGUAAUUGCAUACACGGUGUCACUUCGUAAUAGUCUGUAAUUAGUUUCCUGAAGAGUAGAGAUACAGUCAUGUAUCUUCGCCAAAUGUAAUGACUGUUUUUAAUAAA